CGGGCGCGCUCGCGAGACUCGGCGCGCGCACCCCGGAAGCGGCGGCGGUGGAACCCGGAAGCGGCGGCGGGGCAGGAUGGACGACACGCUCUUCCAGCUGAAGUUCACAGCGAAGCAGCUGGAGAAACUCGCCAAGAAAGCCGAGAAGGACUCCAAGGCCGAGCAAGCCAAAGUCAAAAAGGCCCUCCAGCAGAAGAAUGUGGAGUGUGCCCGUGUCUACGCCGAGAACGCCAUCCGCAAGAAGAACGAGGGGCUCAACUGGCUCCGCAUGUCCUCCCGCGUGGACGCCGUGGCCUCCAAGGUCCAGACAGCUGUGACCAUGAAGGGGGUGACGAAAAACAUGGCCCAGGUGACCAAGGCCUUGGACAAGGCUCUGAGCUCCAUGGAUCUGCAGAAGGUGUCGGCGGUGAUGGAUAAAUUUGAGCAGCAGGUUCAGAACUUGGACGUUCACACAUCGGUGAUGGAGGACUCCAUGAGCUCGGCGACCACCCUGACCACGCCUCAGGAACAGGUGGACAGCCUCAUCGUCCAGAUCGCCGAGGAGAACGGCCUGGAGAUCAUGGACCAGCUGAACCAGCUCCCCGAGGGGGCUUCAGCAGUGGGGGAGAGCUCCGUCCGCAGCCAGGAGGACCAGCUCUCCCGGAGGUUGGCUGCCCUGCGGAAUUAAAGUCUCCGGCCACCCCAGUGGACUGCUGCCCUACACCGGGGGGCAGAGGGGCCCGGGACUCCUUCCCCACCUCUGUCACAUCCUGGCUCCGACCCCCGGCCCGGCGGAGCCAGCCCUGCCCCCCGGCCCCGCCUCCCCCACCUCCAGCCUCUUGUCUCGGGGUGAGGAGGGCAGCGCUGCCGGCGGGGCUGGAGCAGAGAUACUUCCUCUGCGGGCUGCAGGAAGGCUUGGCCGCUUCUGGUUUCAGCGUGGGUUUUGUUUGAGGGUUGCUGCUGGUUUCUAGGAACGUCCUGCUCCUGAUUUAUCCCGAAAGGAAUUCCUCGGGGACGGCUGUGGGGUCUCCUGGGGCGCCUUGUGUCUCUCCUUUCUGUUCCGGAUCGCUCUCCCUGCUGCGGGACGGGUUUUCUCGAGGGGCCGGAGCGGGGGGAUCCCCGCGGGGCUUCGGGAAGGGCCGUGUUCCCGCCGGGGUGCUCUGGGAAGGGCGCCUUGCGGGAAGGGGAGGUGACACGCGGUGCCGCCCCUCGCUGCCACCUUCCCCCCCGGAGCUGGUUGCCGACUUCACCUCGCCCCGCGUUUGCUCCUUGUCCUGCCGGGCCGAACCUCCCGCAGCCCCGCACCACAAAGUGACCUUGGAAUGGCUCGUCCUGCCCCGCACAAGCCCCCGUGCCUGUAAAUCCAACCCUUUCCCACCUCCUGCUGCUGCCACCGUCUGGAAAUGGUUAUCCAGGCCCCGACCUCCCAUGCUGAACUGAUCUGGGAGCUGCUCGCAGCAGCCACCACCCCCGGGCUCGCGGCUGUGCGGCCGCACCCUUGUCCCCAAAUGUCCCCCGGCCGGAUGGGUGUGACAGUGAGUGCUGAACCAUCCGAGAGUGGGUCCCGGGUGCGGGCCGGGGCUUGUCCCCUGGGUGUCAGCUGCCAUUUCCCCUGUCCCCCCCUCACUGCAGCUGCUCCCACGGCCCCGCGGUGUCCCCUCUCCUCCCCUGCUCCGGAGAAACGCGGCUGCUCAUCCCUCAGAGCCUCCCCCUGGGGCUGGAGCUGUCUGGGCCUCUUCUCCUCCACCAUUCCCAGGCACUGCUGAGGCGUGGGAUAGAUGGGAAGCUCGCCGGGAAGGAAACGCCGUUUCCUUUGGCUCUUGAGCCUCCUCCCAGCAGAUGAGCUCCAGCUGGUCCCGCUGCAGCCCGGCAGCUCCACCCAGCUCUUCCAGAGGGAAUUUGAAGGCAGGCAGAGCUGGAGCUCCGGGCUGGGGGGCUGGCAGGGAGAGGGGCUGGCAGGGAGAGGGGCAGCCAGCCCUGGCAGGGGGCUGGGCCCGGCUCAGCCCAGCACCGGCAGCACAAACACUUCUCUCUCUUCUGAUUCUUCCUUCUGAGCUCGGUGGCCUUGGCAGCCCGUGGCCGUGACCAGCGAGGCCGCCUUCCCUGUGCCACGAUGGGGACCUGGGGUGGGGGCUGAGGGCGAGGAGGUGGCUUCAGGCUACAAAGUCCCUGGUGCGGGGGAGCACUGGGUUUUGUGCCACUUGCCAGGGCCACCGGGUCCUGCUCCCCAUGGGGACAGGCGUGUGGUCCUGCCCGGGUGCCACCCGUGGGGCUGGGGGCCAGGGCCCCUGGAAAUGCUCCUCCUUUGGGUGAUGGUUCUGUGUGUUAUUUGUGUUGUGUUUUUUUUAAAGGCUUGUCUCAUUUGCCUUUUUCUUCUCCCAACCUUGUUGAUCUCUAAAUAAACAACCUUCACCUCC